UGAAGUGUUGGAAUACAGUUUCUUCAAAAUGGAUUUGAUAAAUAUAUUUCUAUUAUUAGUUACAUUUGUAGGAACAUUUAUUUAUUAUUACCAUAAUUAUUCUACUUAUUGGUCGUCGAAAGGAAUAGCAAGUUUCAAACCGCUUCCAUUUGUUGGAAACUUUAAAGAUGUCCUGUUGGCUAAAGUGAAUUCAGGAAUAUUCAUGAAGUCUUUAUAUGAAAGGACUAAAGCACCAGCUUUAGGAAUGUAUGUGUUCAACAAACCUUCGUUGCUGGUACGAGACCCUGAAUGGAUCAAAACAAUUUUAGUUAAAGAUUUUAACUUCUUCUACGAUCGUAUUGUAGCUGUGGCUGGAGAUGGUGAUACUUUAGGAACAAAAAAUUUAUUUAGUAUUAAAAAUCCAGAUUGGAAACAAAUGCGUGUGAAGCUGACGCCCAUUUUCACCUCAGGAAAAAUGAAGAGUAUGUUUCAUCUUAUGAAUGAUGAAGGAAGAAACUUAAAUGAAUAUUUACACAAAUUAGCUGAUUCUAAAAAACCAAGUGACAAUGCAAGGGAAUUAAGUGCGAGAUACACAACCGAUGUUAUCGCGACCUGCGCUUAUGGAAUCAAAGCAAAUUGCAUGAACAAUCCAGAAGCUGAAUUUAGAUCAAUUGGAAGAAAAAUUUUUGAAGUUAGCUUUAGACGAGUGUUUGAAUUAAGUUCAUUUUUCUUCUUUCCUAGAAUUGUGAGUUUACUAGGUUUAAAAUUUUUUGCCCAUGAAGGAACUGAAUUCAUCCGCAACACUUUCAACGAAACUAUAAGAAUUCGCGAAGAGUCCAAAACAAAACGACACGAUUUAGUUGAUGUACUAAUAGACUUGAAAAAUGCUAAAACAGCACCAGGAGAAAUAAAAUUUGAUGGUGACACUUUGGUAGCCCAAGCAGCUGUAUUUUUUACUGCAGGUUUUGAAACCUCAUCUAGUACAAUGUCUUACACUUUAUAUGAACUAGCUAUUAACCCAGAUGUACAAAAAAAACUUCGUGCUGAAAUCAAAGAAAUAAUUGCAAAAGACGACAUCACUUACGAAUCCAUCAAUAAAAUGUCAUAUUUGGACAUGGUUAUAUCAGAAACUUUGAGGAAAUAUCCACCAUUAGCGUUUUUGGACCGAAAAGUAGUUGAUAAUUCAAAUGGAUAUCGCCUUCCAAAACCUCAUGACGAUGUUGUUUUGGAUCCUGGAACGCCAAUAUAUAUUCCUAUGCUUGGAUUACACAUGGAUCCAGAAUAUUUCCCUGAUCCUGAAAAAUUUAAUCCUGAACGAUUUACUGAUGAAGCCAAAAGAAAUAGAAUUCCCUACACGUAUUUUCCAUUCGGAACUGGUCCACGCAAUUGCAUAGGUGAGAGAUUCGGUCUUCUGCAGACAAAACUGGGUCUGGUGCACAUGCUAAAAGACUUUACCGUCCAUCCAUGCGCGGACACGCCCAGCAAGAUCACAUUCACUCCGUUGUCCUUCUUGCUGACUCCGAAAGACACAAUCAAUUUGAAAUUCUUGAGAGCUUAAGAUGACACCUAGCAAAUUCUGUGGCCGAUGGUAACAACACGAGAUAAAAUCAUCAAUUUUUUUUUUACUAUUUCUUUAUAUUUUUCAACAGCAAUCAAAACCUUACGUCUUAUGAGCUG